UUCGGCGAUAUUGGUAAUCCGAACCAAUACCACGGCAGAUUAUCUCCACAACACUCUGCGACUUGUGGGUGAAUAGAGGCACGUUAGUCGUUCGAUCCCCCUGAUUACCAGGCUCUCGCUGUUCACGAUGGCCGACAGGCUGCGGAGGCCAGGAGUCAGGAGUCCGGAGUUGAGGAAGAAUCUCAAACGAGCAUCUUAUCCCAGUCAAUAAGAAGGCAAGUCCUGUGUUUUGUAUAAAGAUGGCGUAGUGGCACUCUAGCUUUGAGCAGAACAACCUCACAAACUACCCAUUCUCCAUCAACUCUCCUGCACAAUGUCUGCUCUCCAGCCCAUCAAGCUCUACAUGCACAGCGGUGCUGUUGGCGGCCCCAACCCAUACAAGGUGCUCAUCAUCCUGCACUAUCUCAACAUUCCCUUUACAAAGGUGGCCACCGACGAUCCCAAGGCGGAGUGGUUCGUCAAGAACAUCAACCCCAAUGGCCGCGUCCCGGCCAUCGAGGACCCCAACACAGGUCUCACGUUGUGGGAGAGCGGUGCCAUCAUCGAGUACCUCGUCGACAAGUAUGAUCAGAAGGGCAAGAUCAGCGUGAAGGAGGGCAAGGGAGUCUGGGAGGCAAAGCAGUACCUUCAUUUCCAGAUGUCCGGGCAGGGCCCCUACUAUGGUCAAGCCGUCUGGUUCCACAGAUUCGGCGACCACAUGCCCGACGGCAAGAAGCGCUACCUAGAGCAGAUCGAGCGCGUAAUGAUGGUCCUCCACAACAUCCUCGAGGGCAAGGAAUAUCUCGUUGACAACAGACUAACAUAUGCCGACCUCGCAUUUGUGCCGUGGAACAUGCCGGCGCAACAGUGGCCCGUCUUGUCGGACCCUCUUUGGAAGCCGUACCAGAUUGAGGAGAAGUACCCCAACUUUGUGAGGUGGCACAACAAGCUGGCUGCGUUGGAUGCUGUCAAGAAGGCGUACGAGCCGUGAGACGGGUGGCUCGAUGAAUUUCGAGUGCGGAGCAUCGCACUUGAAACACUAGAAUGUUGAGUAAAGAAGAAUAUUUCCAUAAAAUG